AUGCUUAAAACUGGUUUCAUCGCUUGUUAUAUGCUACUCUUUGCAUGCCAUAAAUGUUAUGGAGCCGGAUUGUGCAACAGAAGACCGCUAGGCACCAAGACGGAGCCACUUCCACCUGAUGAUCGCUUCAAAAUUGACAUUCUGGGCAUCAACGAUGACAUGUAUAUACCACGGCGGCAAUACACCGUUCGUCUCUACGCAACCGACGAUAUAUCGACAUUCAUAGCUUUCACAAUAUCCGCCCGCGAAGACACCAGAUACAACGAGAAGAAUCCAAGAAAACCGAUAUUGUUGGAUGCUGGCGCUAUAAAAGUGUCAGCGGACGCGCCGUCUGUACCCAGUCCUAUAUGUAAGAACUCGGUCAUUCAAUCAGACAUUACACCGAAAAAAUCGGUGGAGGCUCUUUGGAUUGCGCCACCAAAAGACAACCAAUGCGUUACGAUUUACGCAGUCCUGGCCGUGAAGCAAGAUGUGUGGUAUAACUUCGAUGGACCUCUGUCGAAGAGAGUCUGCGAGGACCGUCGUAACAUGGAGGACAUGCAACCAGUUGAGAAUGAUAACUGUCAGGCUUGUGAGGACGCUAGAUAUUUACUAACAUUUGAUGGCGUCUGGUCUUACAAUACACACCCCGGAAUGUUUCCAAAGACCCAAGAAAUCGCACGGUUCAGUGAUGUUGUGGGCGCAUCGCACAGUGAGAAUUUCAACGUUUAUAAGUUUAACUCGGAAGCCAGCGCCGGCUUGAAGAUGCUGGCGGAACAGGGCAACACUACAAAAUUGGAAAUGGAAAUACUCUCCGAGCUAGGAGCAUCAGUUCGCACAGUUAUCAAAGCUUCGGGAAGACCGAAGCCCAGUAUGGCGACGACUGCCUCUUUUCGAGUGACACGGGAGCACCAUAGAGUGUCUCUCGUAACAGCCAUACUGCCUUCGCCAGAUUGGUUCCUCGGUGUCUCUAACAUGGAACUCUGUGAUGCCGUGACAGGGACUUGGGCACCAAAUUUGACUCUUAAUUUGUACCCUUUGGAUGCUGGUACGGAUAGCGGUGUCACAUUUGAGGCUUCUAACGACGAUACAAUGCCACCUCAACCCAUAUCAUCAGCUCCAAUCAAUAAGGAAAUACCCAAGGAACAAAUAAAGCCGUUCGCCAAAUUGAAGUUUGAGCUAACCAGGACUUAUCCCACUAUGCUGUGUUCUGCGGAAGCAUCCUCUGAAACUGCUGUAAAAGGAGAAGAUGACCAAGGCAGUAGAGAAAUUGUUCAACCAACAACACCAGCUCCAGUGGAAGUUUCAAUAGCGAUAGAUCCAGAAUCCUCCCCAGAUUGUCCUAUGACGGAAUGGGAAGAUUGGCUACCAUGUGAGGGUGAAUGCAUUGAUAACAAGUUAGAGGGAUUUCAAAGCCGUUUUCGCUAUCAUUUAGUGGAUGGAGUCGCUGUGGGGAAAUAUAUUGAGAACGGCCCUUCCUACGCCGAUAAACAGGUUUCGCGUUAUUGCCUUGAAAAUUACGAGGACAGCGAAAUACAGGCCUGUGAAGAUACUUGUGACGAAGAAGAAGAUGUCAAUAGUUGA